GCCCUUAGACCAGGCUAAGCCGGCUUAGUCCUAAUCUCCACGACCAUAUAUAGUGACACCGUCUACCCGUUACAUUCUUUCCAACUUCUCCAGACAUAUUUAAGUAAAUCUAUUGGUUAGUUUUUGUUAAAAAUCAUCCAACGUUGUAAAUCGAUAAUGAGGUUCAUCAGCAACAUCAUUGUGUUGGCUAGCGUGGCCUGUCUGUGCUUCACCAGCCCUGCCGCCGCUUCUGACAAUGGCACCGACUUCCUUGCGGAGGGUCGCACUUUCUCCCUAUUCAAAAUAGGGGAAUUGCAGGCAGACGUUAGGAUACCAGACUCGUUCGCAGAGCUCAUACAGCUCUACGUCCUCAAACCAAUCCUCUUCACCUUCAAGGAAUUGGUUACCAAGUUCCCAUACGACGCUCUGGACGCAAUCCAUAGCCACCGGUAUUUUAGGCCCGAGAACCUGAAGGCCUUAACUGCGAGGGACAUCAGCAUCAGGAAAGCUUUUUUCUCAGUCUUCAGCGUCCCUCAGAAGGAGUUGGUCAUCUUGGACAAUUUCUUCACGCAGUACGUGGAAGGCGCGUUUGCUUACGCACGCAAGCACUUGGCUAUGCUCGUGCAUGUGCUCCGGCAGUUCGUAAGCGUUAAUUAUAAAUCAUUAGACUGGAUGAAGCCUAUAGGCACGCAUGACAAUACACUGUAGUUACGGAGAUUUACGAUUAAAGAAACUGACUUUACUUUGCGACUUGAAAUGGAAUGCGCAGGACGCUAGCACUGGAUUCGCAUGAAACGUAGUGUUAAGAGCAGAGGGAAGGGUUGAGAGCAUUUGUGGCCUUGUGUUGAUCAAAUUUUUCUAAAGGUUUUGCCCGUGUGAUGUUACACUAAAAUAUUGUACCGUGCAGCAGUCUAGUUAAUGAUAUAGAGUUCCUUGUUAUGAUGCUAGGGCCACAUUCAUCUAGAACCUUCAACGUACGGGCGAAGUGUUGACUUUUAUGUAGUCAUAAAAUUUUGGCAAUAAAAAAGAUAUGCUUUG